AAAUUAGUGGCGAAAGUCAGCUGAUCGAAGAAACAAGUGUUUUCACCUAUUAUUAUCAAUCUUUCUUUAUAUACUUUAGAGCGAUUUACAAGAAUUAAAUACAAUGAGUAGUUCAAGUGCACCGGUUUAUGAUCACAGUGAAUAUCAAACUCCUUUAUCCACUCGAUAUGCUUCUAAAGAAAUGCGCUAUAAUUUUAGCGAUCAAAACAAGUUUAGCACCUGGCGCCAAUUAUGGGUCUAUCUCGCAAAAGCUGAAAUGGAAUUAGGGCUUUCCAUAACUCCUGAUCAGAUUGCAGAAAUGGAGACCCACAUUAAAGACAUCGAUUUUGAGGCUGCAGCGAAAGAAGAAAAAUUGACAAGACAUGACGUUAUGGCUCAUGUUCACGUUUUUGGAAACCAGUGUCCAAAGGCUGCACCAAUUAUCCACCUUGGCGCCACCAGUUGUUAUGUAGGGGAUAACACUGAUCUUAUUGUCCUGCGAAAUGGCUUUAAUCUUCUUUUACCGAAACUUGCAGCUGUUCUUUCUCGGCUUUCGCAAUUUGCAAUGGAAUAUCGCUCCUUGCCAACUUUGGGAUUUACUCAUCUUCAACCAGCUCAGUUGACAACAGUUGGCAAAAGAGCUACUUUAUGGAUGCACGAUUUAUUGAUGGAUGAGCGAGCAAUUCGCCGAGCAAGAGACGAUCUCAGAUUUCGGGGCGUUAAAGGCACUACUGGAACUCAGGCUUCAUUUCUCCAAUUGUUUAAUGGAGAUGGUCACAAAGUCAAACAACUCGAUUCCUUGGUAACAAAAAUGGCUGGAUUCGAAAAAUAUUAUUCCGUGACAGGACAAACGUAUUCUAGAAAAGUGGAUGUCGAAUGUAUAAAUGUUCUAAGUUCUCUUGGAGCAACUGUACAUAAGAUUUGCAGUGACAUCCGUAUCCUCGCAAGCAGGAAGGAAAUCGAGGAGCCUUUCGAGAAAACGCAAAUAGGAUCGAGCGCCAUGGCUUACAAGAGAAACCCUAUGCGUUCCGAAAGAUGCUGCAGCAUUGCCCGACAUUUGAUGACCUUGACAAAUAAUACCCUCCAGACUGCAGCCACUCAGUGGAUGGAAAGGACCCUCGACGAUUCGGCAAAUCGACGAAUUACUCUCGGAGAAGCUUUCCUCGCCGCCGACUCUGUACUGAUGACUUUGCAAAAUAUCACUGAGGGUUUGGUGGUUUAUCCGAAGGUCAUUGCGAGAUAUAUUGCCCAGGAACUGCCGUUCAUGUCCACGGAGAACGUCAUCAUGGCUAUGGUCAAGGCCGGAGGCGAUAGACAGGUUUGUCAUGAGAAAAUUCGAGUCUUAUCUCAUGAGGCGGGCGCACAAGUUAAGCAGCAUGGAUUAGAUAACGACUUGGUGGAAAGAAUAAGGAAGGAUCCUUAUUUCCAACCGAUUUUAAAUCAGCUUGAAGAUCUUCUCGAUCCCUCGACUUUUGUUGGCAGAGCUCCUGACCAAGUUUUGGAAUUUCUUCAAGAAGAAGUGCAGCCUAUUUUAGAUUUGUACAAAGAUCUGCAGGUAAAACCGGUGGAGCUUAAUAUAUAAGUAGGAAAAUUUGAAAACAAAUUUGGUUUUAUAUUUCUGAAAUAUGAAGCCAGAAUCAGCAUUUAGAAAGGAAUCUUAUAAAUGAAUAAUCAUGUGAAUUAUAAUCAUGCUUUUAUUGAACAAUAUAUUGUAUAUGUAUUUUUUGUAUGAGUAAAUAUUUUUACUACGAGAAAA